AGUGUGGAACAUUUAUUUACUGCUUAGUUUUCGCACCGCGGUCUGCAGAAGCAAUCCGACAUGCCCGUGAACCUCGUACUAGAGAACUACAUCGGCGGGAAGUUCGUGCCCUGCUCCAGGCACGUGGACUCGUACGACCCGUCCACCGGAGAGCUGUACUGCAGAGUCCCGGACAGCGGCGUGGAUGAGGUGGAGGCAGCAGUGAAGGCUGCUAAAGAAGCGUUUCCUGGUUGGUCAGCUACGAGUCCAGCGGAAAGAGCUCGGCUUCUGAAUAAACUUGCUGAUCUGAUAGAGGCUCGUCUGGAGGAAUUCGCACAGGCAGAGUCUAAAGAUCAGGGGAAGACGAUAAGCUUUGCCCGAAAUGUCGACAUCCAGCGUGCCGUGUACAACUUCCGAUUCUUUGCUUCGUCCGUCCAGCACCACACGACCGACUGCAGUCAGAUGGACCACAUGGGCUGCAUCAGUUACACUGUGCGCAGCCCUGUAGGAGUGGCUGGUCUGAUCAGUCCUUGGAACCUGCCUUUGUAUCUGCUGACCUGGAAGAUUGCUCCUGCUGUAGCUACAGGGAACACGGUGGUGGCCAAACCCAGUGAGUUGACCUCAGUCACUGCCUGGAUGAUGUGCAAGCUGCUGGAGGAGGCUGGUUUUCCUCCAGGAGUUGUGAAUGUAGUGUUCGGCACAGGUCCACGUGCAGGUGACGCCCUCGUGUCACACCCGGACGUGCCAUUAAUUUCGUUCACAGGCAGCACAGCUACAGCGCGAGUAAUAACAGAGCGCAGUGCCCCCUACUGCAAGAAACUCUCCCUGGAGCUCGGGGGUAAAAACCCGGCUGUCGUGUUCGCCGAUGCUGACUUGGAACAGUGCAUCAGCACCACCGUGCGCUCCAGUUUCUCCAAUCAGGGUGAGAUUUGUCUCUGCACCAGCAGGAUCUUUGUGGAGCGAAGCAUUUACCCAGAUUUCCUUGCGAAGUUUGUCGAGGCGGCUCGCCAGUGGAAAACCGGCGUGCCCUCUGACCCCUCGAACAACAACGGAGCCCUUGUGAGCAAGGAACACUUACAGAAGGUGCGGGGUUAUGUGUCUCUGGCUGUGUCUGAAGGAGCUCAGGUGCACUGUGGAGAGGGAGUCGACGUUCUCAGCCUCCCGCCUCGCAACGCAUCCGGAUACUUCAUGCUGCCUACGGUGAUCACCGGCGUGGCCGACUCCUCUGCGGUCAUGCAAGAGGAGAUCUUCGGCCCUGUCACCUGUGUGACGCCUUUCGAUACAGAAGAGGAAGUGAUAUCACGGGCUAACGGCGUGCGCUACGGUCUGUCCGCCGUGGUGUGGUCCAGAGACGUAGGACGUGUCCACAGAGUGGCUCAGCGGCUGCAGGCGGGGUUAGUGUGGACCAACUGCUGGCUCGUCCGAGACUUAAACCUGCCGUUCGGCGGAAUGAAGAGCUCAGGCAUCGGGAGAGAAGGAGGGAAAGAUUCCUACCACUUCUUCACUGAGGUUAAAACGAUUACUGUAAAGCACUGACAGGAUGCAGGUUAACACACUAACAUUUAAGUGCCUUAACUCACCUUAAAUCAGACAUUAUUUUCACAACCUUCCUGCCUUAAAUAAUGUCACCAUUUUAUGUCUUUGACCUUUUCAGACAAAUCCGUUUCGAUGGUUUCAUUUGCGACUGUUUAAAUAAACAUUGCAGUGAUCGAA